ACGAUAUGUAGCCUACUAAAGCUGCAUAAGGACAUAGCUAUUCUUCUGAAAUUUGACUUUCUUUGACAUUUCAUGUGGAAUUAAGAUCUCGUCUAAAUGAACAAGCUAUGCACAAGGGUGUAAGAUAUUAUGGACAGUGGAUGUGGGUUACUUAUAAUAUCUACUUGUCUAAAGCUCUUUCAGCCCGCUCUUUUCUUGCAGUGUCAUUCAGAGAAGAUAACACCUCUACAGUUGUUCUUCAUUCAACAGAAUGACCUCAAACAGCAAACAACACGUCUGAACAUUGAAGGUCAGAAAUGUCAUUUCGACGGUAUCUGAAGACACUAGGCUAACCUGUGAUCACCUACCCCAGAAGGUUAGACUGAAGGAGCGUGCCUGACCUCUGACCCCUGACCUCCAGUCCCAUCAUGGUGCUGAAGAUAUUCUUCCCACAGUGCUGUAACAAGGCAGACAGUGGGCUGCUUGUGGGGCGAUGGAUCCCAGGACAGAACACGGCCGUGGUGCUAGCUGUUAUCCACUACCCCUUCAUCCCUGGACAGGUCAAACAGUACAUCCACCAGAUGCGUGGCCAGAGUGGGGUGGAUCUGACGGUGCUGGGCUCAUGGAGCAUGCCCAAGGAGGGCCAGGAGGGCAUGGAGAGUUUCCUCAGGGACCUCAGCACCAUCUUCCCUCAGGGACAGUGGCUCCAGCUCAGUAGAGAGAUGGGCAAGAUAGGCUUCAGGUGUCACGUCCUCACAAGGGACCAGAAUGGGAAGCUAGUACAACAAGAAAAGGAGCUGAAAGAGGAUGGUGGUGGAGAGGGAAAGAAAGGAGGAAAGGGAGAAGGCAAGAAAGAAGGAAUAAAGAAAGGAGGAAUAAAGAAAGGAGGAGGAGAGAAGAAAGGAGAAGAGAAUAAAGCAGAGGGAGAGAAAGGAGGAGGAGAGAAGAAAGGAGAAGAGAAUAAAGCAGAGGGAGAGAAAGGCGGAGGAGAGAAGGACAAGGUGAUAUUUAUCCACUAUGAACAGAGGAAGGUCAUGCUGUCCCAGCUGCACCCCAUAGAGCACGGGGUUCCAGACCCUCAAACUGAGUCACAACUACCACAGGUGUUUGGGACAGUGUGUCAGAGUGAGCCGCUGUUCUUCCUGGAUAAGUAUGAUGACAGUCCAGUGAAGCUGACCCACUGGCAAUCAGAGGGACGGGAGGGCUCCAUUAUAGUAGAACUGAUGAAACAGGCCUCUACACCUGUCUGCCUGCUAACCACCUGGAUACUAACACUGUGGACCAGCCUCUGUAGUAGCAGGAUAUUGAAUGUGCGUCCGAUGAGGUUCAUCUCCAGUAAGUUGUCUACAUGUGUUCAGCUGAGCUACAGAACAGAACACCUUCAGACAGUCUGCUCUCCUACCAGAGCCACCGCACACAACCACUUCAUGAGGAAAGCCAAUAUCUUUGUGUCGUUCUUUGUGGAUGUGUCUCUGGGGCUGCUGUUGGUAUCGUGGAUGUAUAGAGAGAACCGUAUAGGCAAACUGGCCAACACACUGGUACCUGCUGCUGAUCAUGUAGCUAAAGAGCUGGAGGAGCUGUUGCAGUGGCUGAUGGGAGCUCCAGCUGGUCUGAAGAUGAACCGGGCUCUAGACCAGGUGUUAGGACGAUUCUUCCUCUACCAUAUACAUCUGUGGAUCAGCUACAUUCACCUGAUGUCUCCGUUUGUUGAGAUGAUUCUGUGGUACGUGGGUCUGUCUGCCUGCCUGGGCUUGACCUUUGCCCUCUCCCUGCUCUCUGACAUCACCGCCCUGCUCACCUUCCACAUCUAUUGCUUCUACGUCUACGGAGCCAGGCUGUACUGUAUGACGGUAUAUGGUCUGUCCUCUCUGUGGAGGCUGUUCAGAGGGAAGAAAUGGAACGUCCUCAGACAGAGAGUAGACUCCUGCUCUUAUGACCUGGACCAGUUGUUCAUUGGGACGUUACUCUUCACCAUCCUGCUGUUCCUCCUGCCAACCACAGCUCUAUACUACCUAGUGUUUACCCUGCUCCGCCUUGUGGUAGUACUGUUCCAGGGAGUUGUCCACCUCAGUGUUGACUUCAUCAACUCCUUCCCUCUGUUCGCCAUGGGCCUCCGACUCUUCAGAUCCUACAGACUGGCAGAGGGGGUGAAGUUCAGAGUGCUCUGUGAGGAACCAGGAACACCUCUACACCUCAUGAUGGAUAUUAACCCUCUGAAGGUGAGCAGUGUGGUUCAGACCUACAGGACCCCCACCUACAGCUGCUACCCUAAAGACUCCUGGCUGGCCCUCUGCAAGAAGCUGUUCCUGGGAGAACUCAUCUACCCCUGGAAACACAAGACUACCAAGAUAGACUAGGACCAGGGGAGAGAUGGGGAGAGAGAGAAUAGAGGAGGGGGAGAGACAAGAACACCAAGGUUAAUGAGAGGAGGGGGGAGGGAUAGGGGGAGAGACAAGAACACC